UUGAAUUAUAUAGCAUAUUGAUAAGGGGUGUUUUUUGUUGGCCUGCCUUACAGGGUUGUUUGUAAUAUUAUUGCUUUGAAUGGUGAUUUAAUUGGCUUUUAGAUUUUAUUGGGUCUUUCUACAUUAUAAGCUGUCUUGAUGUACUAAUAUCAAGGGCAGCUUAUUACUUUAAGAUUAAAUUAUAGAAACUGUUGGAUUCCUCCUACCCUAAUUAACCAUUAUAAAGCAAUAUGCUUGUUUUUCAACUGGGGGAAAAUUGACGAACUAAAACGUCACAAAAAUAGUGAUCAAAAUUUAAGUUUCUUAUUCGGGUGGAAGGUUAAGCUAAAACAAGGAGAAAAAGCUGGCAGUGAGGUAGCUGUUUCCCCCAAGUCUGCAGGUCGUAAUAUAAAAUGCAUUGUUAACAAGCUGAUGUGUUCCUAGGGGGACAACUGUGUUAAAUAUGUUGCUAGAAAAACAACAGAAAGAAAGGCUGUUUUUGAGCCUCUAUUACAGCAACUUGACAAAAAAAAAUGCGGGACAACCAGAGCACUUGUGUCCCUCCUGCGGUCACCACAGGGGUGAAGCCAGGGAGCACAAGACAACGGUGCAUCAUCACACAGGGUGUUGGGGUUCCCAGUGGUGGUCCACGAGGGCCUGAGAGAGAGCAUACCACAGCAGUCCUGAAAACUUCACAGCAGCCGCUCUUCCUUCUACACAGAGAAGAACAAGAGGCCUUCUUCAGUCUUCUGGAGGAUGGCUUGAUACAAGAGUUCCUUUCAAUGGAUGCAUGCUACAGAAUCUCAGAUAAGUAUCUUAUAGCUAUGACUAUGAUGUACUUCAAACGUGCCGGUCUGCAUACAAGGGAAUACACGCAGAUUAAUCUCUUCAUAGCUCUGUACCUAGCAAAUGACAUGGAAGAAGAUACAGAAGACUACAAAUAUGAGAUCUUCCCCUGGGCGCUUGGUGACAACUGGAGGAAGCUGUUCCCACAGUUCUUGAAAAUGCGGGAUGUCUUUUGGGCGAAAAUGAAAUACAGAGCAUUUGUUAGCCGGCGAUGCUGUGAUGAGAUAAUGUUAAGAGAGCCCACCCACUGGGCCUGGUCCCGUGAACGAGCCAUCCACCACAGUGGGGCACUAAGGAGUUACCUGAAGAAUGAAGAUGACUUUUUCCCCAGAGGGCCUGGCGUUACUCCCUCAGUCUGCCUUCUCUGUGUGUUUGAUUUGGAAGAAGAAGAUGCUGAAAUGACUCCUGUUAGUGAUAUUCCUGCCAAUGACUUGUUGCCUUCCACAGCAUUGAAGCAAGAUUUGAAUGGCUUUUCUUUGCUGAUGACUGACUACAGCAUGCAGAGCCUACAGGAACCUGUUACGGAGGCAGAUGGAACAGGCAAGGACUGGCGAUUUGUGGGAUAGUGUCCGAUGGCUAAGGAAAACCCUCUGCACAAUAUUCCCCUCCUUGGAGUGGCAUUAUUUGGAUGUUGUUGUUUUACACCUGCAGAGAUCUAUUUAUUAAGCACUUUAUCUUCCUGUUCAUAAACACAGCAAAGCCUGUUUGUGUAUUAAAAAAAAAAAAAGCUAUUCAGUAUAACUUGUACAAUACCAAAUGUGCUAGCUGGGCAGACGCUUAAUAAAGAUGUCUAGGAGAACAGGCUGCAGACUUUAUUUCUGGAACAUGUAAUGACUAGUUUACCGAUUGUGAACCAUUAGAAAUGGCUUUCUGAAGGCUUACUUUGCUGCAUCUGGGGCAUUUUGCAAAUAGGAAUGGGAUGGUCAAGGAGACCCACUCAGGUUUUUCUUGAUUUUUUUUCUUCGUGGCUGGACUAAUCACAGAUACCAGUUUUGCUGAAAUGACUUUUAUUAUGUAUUUUUACCCCAUUCUUUUAACAAAGGUAUUGUGUAACUUGCAAGCAAAAAAAAAAAAAAAAAACAUAUAAUAAAACAUAUUGUACUCUUA